AUGCUGGAUCGCUGGGUUGUUAUUGUCUGCGGUGCCGCAAUGAAUGAAGAAUUGCGGAAGCUACCAGACGAUCAGAUGUCCUUCCUCGGAGCCGCGGAAGAACUGGUUCAAACCAAGUAUACAAUUGCGGAAGAUGUGAUUUCAGAUCCGAUUCAUAUAAACGUCAUCCGAGGACCUCUUACUCGCAAUCUGGCAACGGUACUGCCUGCUGUCGUCGAUGAAAUCGAUGUUUCUUUCCGGGAACUGAUUCCAACUCAUGGAAAUGAAUGGGUGACCAUUCCUGCAGUUCCUCUCAUGGCCCGAGUUGUGUGUCGUGCCAGUAACCGGAUAUUCGUUGGCAUGCCAAUGUGCAGAAACAGCGAAUUGCUGGACAUCGCUAUCAACUUCACGCGAGAUGUCGCCAAAGGACGAUUCAUACUCAGCUUUGUCCCUAUUAUGCUGAAGCCGCUUGUGGGGCCACUGUUACCAUGGUCACGAAGAGCCCUGAAACAAUUUUCCGUGAUCAUGAAGCCGGUCGUAGAAGACCGCAUGCGGGAGAUAGAAGAACACGAGAAAGAGUGGGCAGAAAGGCCGAAUGAUUUGGUGACAUGGCUUGUGGAAGAGGCCAACCGUGUGGGUAAAUCGACCAACUUGAUCGUGCAAGCUCUGCUAGCAUCCAAUUUCGUGGCGAACCAUACCUCCACUAUCAGUGUUACACAUGCCUUAUAUCAUCUAGCUGCAGCCCCGGAAUAUAUUCAAGCACUUCGGGAGGAGAUUGAUGCUGCUUUGAAGACGGAAGGAUGGACCAAGGCCGGGAUAGGCAAGAUGUGGAAACUCGACAGCUUCAUGAGAGAAUCCCAGCGACUGAAUGGGAUCAGUGGCAUCUCGGUGAUUCGAUUAGCGCUGAAAGACGUCACGCUCUCGGAUGGAACUCUCAUCCCGGCUGGAACGCUCUGCGGGGCAGCAGCUGAAGGCACACAUCACGAUGAGGAGAAUUACAGCCAGCCGCAUCUCUUCGAUCCUUUCCGAUUCUCGGAUAAGCGAUUUGAUGAAGGUGAAUGGAUGAAGCACCAGUAUGUUAACACAUCCUCAGAAUACAUAUCCUUUGGCCACGGCAAGCAUGCAUGUCCAGGUCGCUUUUUUGCCGCGAACGAACUUAAGGCCGUGAUUGCAUACCUGAUUGUGAACUACGAUGUCAUGUUCCCAGGCGGAGGAGAACGGCCGGGAAAUGUGUGGUUCGGUUCCUCGGUCAUACCAGAUCAGACGGCGCAGAUCAUGUUCCGUAAACGACAGCGCAUCGAGUAA